CACUCGUGGGAGGAGGAAAAAAAGCCUACCCAACCAAAACCUGUCAGCUUGCUGCACGCCUGCCCUUCCCCCUUCCCCCUUCCCCCCCCCCCCACCCCUCACCCCCACCAGAUGUAGGUCUACCACAAAGGAGCUGAAGUUCAAAUAAGGCUGCUUUAGCCUUGGAAGAAAUGAUGGACUCACAAUUUUAAAACCAGAAUGCCGAGUUCUCUCUCACCAGGACAAAGUCUUACUUACCUCAACGGUAACACUGUACAGAUGCAUGGCUUAGACUGAACAGCCAAGCUGUGAAAAAUCUUUAAAAAAAAUAGAGAAAAAGAAAGGAAAUAAUUUUGUAGAUCAUCCAGACAUUUACUUUUCUAACUUCAGUAUAGCGAACAAAGCUAUUCAGCUGUAGACUCUAGGCUACGUUCACUGAAGAGUUGCACUUACGAUACGCAAACUGCUAAGUGAGAUGCCACAACUCGUGCGGACAAGUUGUUCUGAUAGCCUUUGAUGAAAGCACGCUAAGGACCGAAGAAAGAAGACGAAGGAGACAGGAACAGAUUUUACGAAGUUCUUUGCAGAAGAAUAUUUAACCAGAAACAGAGGAUCAUGAUGAUAAGAAGAUUAAUCUGUUUAAUGCUUAUAGCUGUUGUGGGAACUGCUGCAAGCCAAACACAGGAAUUUGAAGGCAAUGAUGAAGAAAAAGAACAAGAAUUCAUUUAUAUGAACAGAUAUAAACGUUCCAGUGACACACAGGACAAAUGCACUUACACCUUUAUUGUACCUCAGCAGAGAGUGACAGGUGCCAUUUGUGUUAAUUCUAAAGAACCUGAGGUUCUACUUGAAAACCGGGUAAAUAAACAGGAAUUACAGUUACUUAACAAUGAACUUCUUAAACAAAAGAGACAAAUAGAAACUCUCCAGCAAUUGGUAGAGGUAGAUGGUGGGAUUGUUAAUGAGGUCAAGCUCUUAAGAAAAGAAAGCAGAAAUAUGAACUCUCGUGUCACACAACUCUAUAUGCAGUUACUACAUGAAAUUAUCCGGAAACGGGACAAUGCCUUAGAACUUUCCCAACUUGAGAAUAAGAUUUUGAACCAAACUGCAGACAUGCUGCAGCUUGCAAACAAAUACAAAGACUUAGAGUACAAGUACCAGCAUCUGAUGUCAAUUGCAAAUAAUCAGUCAAUAAUAAUUGCCCAGCUAGAAGAACACUGUCAGAGAAUGCCAUCCAUAAAGCCUCUUCCACAAACUCCACAGCCACCAAACAAAGCGUAUCACCCUCCUACUUACAAUCGCCUGAUUAACCAGAUAUCUACUAAUGAGAUUCAGAGUGAUCAGAAUCUGAAGGUUCUGCCACCUACCUUACCAACCAUGCCCGCAGUAACUAGUAUUCCAACUUCAACUGAUAAACCAUCUGGGCCCUGGAGAGAUUGCCUACAAGCAUUAGAAGAUGGCCAUGAUACAAGCUCCAUCUAUCUUGUAAAACCGGAAAACACAAACCGACUUAUGCAGGUCUGGUGCGAUCAACGGCAUGACCCUGGUGGCUGGACAGUCAUUCAGAGACGACUGGAUGGGUCUGUCAACUUUUUCAGGAACUGGGAGACAUACAAGCAAGGAUUUGGUAAUAUAGAUGGAGAAUACUGGCUUGGUUUAGAAAAUAUUUAUUGGCUAACGAAUCAAGGCAACUACAAACUGCUCAUAACAAUGGAAGACUGGUCAGGUCGGAAAGUAUUUGCUGAGUACGCUAGCUUCAGACUAGAGCCAGAAAGCGAAUAUUACAAGUUGAGAUUGGGACGCUACAAUGGAAAUGCAGGAGAUUCUUUCACUUGGCACAAUGGUAAACAGUUCACCACACUGGACCGGGACCACGAUGUAUACACAGGUAAUUGUGCUCAUUACCAAAAGGGAGGAUGGUGGUACAAUGCAUGUGCUCAUUCAAAUCUCAAUGGAGUCUGGUAUCGUGGAGGACAUUACCGCAGUCGGUAUCAGGAUGGUGUUUACUGGGCUGAAUUCCGGGGGGGAUCUUAUUCACUAAAGAAAGUUGUUAUGAUGAUAAGACCUAACCCCAACACAUUCCACUGAGAAAAUUUUUCUCUCUUUUUUUUUUUUUUCCCUUUCUUGAUCUAAAAAAGAUGUAUAACUAUGCUGUUAGCACCUGGAAUUGUUUCAGAAAUUAGGAAUGUAAGAUACUGUAAAUUUAUUGCUAAGAUGUGAGGGCUUGUAUAUUUUAUUUUCAAGAAUCAUUCCAGGGAAAGAAAAGCUGAAGUAAAAAAAACAAACAAACAAACAACAACAACAACACAAAAAAAACUGAAAACUGAAACAAAAUAACAUUCAGAACACCUCUGUGUACCAAAAGUAGUUAUAUUAAGCCAUUUAGAACUGACAAUUGAGAUGGAUUGUGGAUACAUGUUCUGUUUUUUAUUCCCUGUAAAUUAAGUUUGGAUGGUAAAAAUACUGCCACAACAUUUAAAUAUUUUUGGAUGUUAUAUUAUAUAUAAAUAUUCUCAAAUACAGGAAAUAUUACGAACUGUACAGCAAGAGUUUUAUUAUUAUUAUUAUAAGCAAUCACUAGACACAGGAAAUCAUAUCCUUUGAACUAAGUAGCUGGUGUAUUAGUAUGAUUAAUUUAAUCUUUGUUAACUGACAUGAAUAAAAUACUAUAUAACUUGAGUUUGUGAACAGAUACUCAAACCAUUACUGUCAUCAUAAAUCCAGUCUUUCCUAUUUACUUUGAGCAUUUUAAUAAUCUGUUCCUACAAAUUAGAAUUGGUGUUUCAUUAAAAUAUUUUAGAUGGAAAACUUUAAUCAUUUUUCUAGUCAGAAUAAACUAGCUACCUGCACAGGGAAAUAAACUUAGAUUUACUAUGGAUAUAAUAUACUGUAUAGCCAAUGUGUCAUACUAUACUAUAUUUUGUACCUGACUUCAGUCAUUACCUGCUGUGUAGGCUCUCUAGUCAGAAAUGGCUGGAUAUAAAUUAAAGGGACUAUCCAACUUUGCAGGCAAAUGAUGGAUACCACUAUAUAAGCUAUUUAAUAUUCUUAGCCAAUAGGUGAAAAUUAUAUAAAGAAGCUACCUAUAGCCAAGAACAGUUAUAUUUGCCAUAUUUCACAAUUAUAUUAUUGUCAAAUUAUUAUACCAUUUUACUCAUCUAUAAUUAGAGUUUAGUCACAACUAUGACAUACUGAUUGGUAUAAUUCUAAUAUUCUUCAAUGGUAGGUUUCUAGAACAGACUGUUAUUAACACACCUUUCAAAGUGGAAACUGCCGUGAAAAAUGUAAGUUAAAGAAUGCAUGUAAGAGGGAAAGCAAAAACCCCUAGAAUUUCAAUAUAUUUCUUCUCAGUAAGCCUGCAAGACACUUAAUGUGUUUGUACAUCUGUUUGCACACUUUUUCCCUUAUUACCUCAUAAAUUCUUUACAAAGGUAUGAUGUGCAUUAAACUGGCGUGUGAAACAGCAUGUGUUGUAUAUAACAAAGUAGGGUUUUUAAUAUAUUAGAUCAUCCCUGUAAUAUUGUAAUCUCUUAAUAAAGCAACAAACGUUAUUUUGAAAUGUUCA